GGACGCGAAAACGCUUGUCGAAAGUAAUCGUCAAUUUAGCAGAGAGAGAGAGAGAGAAGAGAGAGAGAGAGAGAGAGAGAGAGACAGACAGAGAAAUUUUCCGAGAUUCCUACAAAGAGAAUUAGAUUCUUGAAGUUGACGGAAAUGUUACCGCGGUAAUUAAGAAAUACGCGUUUACUCUGAGAGCUAACUACUGGUACCCAACGCGAGAUUCGCCGCUCGUUCUGUCAAGAGUCACAGAUUCGUGACUUCGAGUAAUUCCAGGUGAUACCAGCCUUGAAGCAUGCGAGACAGCGUUUGCACGUAGAACUCAGUGACUUCUGAACGAGUACUUAUCACCGAACAGCUGAAAUGGCUAAAGUAUCGUACAGUAUCGUGGAAUAUUACGCAGAACACGAAGGGUACAAGUGCGGCUAUUGCAAAAGCCCUAAUACAAACUUCAGUCACGGCAUGUGGGCCCAUUCAUUGACAGUCGAGGACUAUCAAAGCUUGAUAGACAGGGGAUGGAGACGAAGUGGCAGUUAUUGUUAUAAACCCACACUGGAACAAACCUGUUGUCCACUCUAUACUAUCAAAUGUGAAGCUUUGGACUUCAGAAUAUCAAAAUCUCAAAAGAAAGUCCUGAAGCGCAUGGUGAAAUUCUUGAAAAACGAGCUGGUAAACGAUAAUAUUAAAGAUAUGAAUGAGGAUCAACAUGAUAAUAUAGACAUAAACAAUGAAGAAGCAUUAAAUUAUGCAAAGCACCACGCGAAAGCGCAAAAAAAUUUAUCUAAAAUAAAUGUCUCAUCUAUGGACAGUGAAAUCAGUGGGAGAAUGUCUAUUGAUCCAAUAGAAACAUCCAAAGACACUAGUAUCUCAAAGAUUUCUAUUUCUGCCUCAAGUAGCGACCAGAGACAGCUGACAAAUGCAGAGAAGAAAAGUGCUUCACAUUCUAGUAACGAAAAUAUCAGCACGGUGCCUCGCAAGAAAGCGAAACUCCUACGCAUAGAACGUAAGCAAAAUAAGUUAUUAGCUCAAGGUAAAUCGCAAAGUGAAAUCGAGAGCAUCAUGAGAGAGAAGAAACAACAGAACUGCGCCAAAAGCUUGGAAGAAUUGUUCGAUGAGGUGUAUACUGGCUUGAAAAAGUUUGAGAUAAAAUUGGUGAGAGUGAUGUCAGACGAGUUCCUUACCACUCUCGAUGCGAGCGCGAGUGUUUAUAAAAAGUAUCAAAUGGCGAUACACGGCGAUUCACCGGAGGAAUGCGAUCGAAAGUCAUUCUUCAACUUUCUCGUAAAGAGUCCUUUGCAGGUAUACUUUGUAUACUUAAUCUCAAACGAUGUUAAGAGACACCUUUGCGAAUCCGCUUUCCUCUCACGCUCUCACAGCGAGCCGCAGUGCUCGUAUUCACAACCGUGGAUAUCUGAAAGCGGCACUCCAGGGAUACCACCUCAGGGAUACGGCUCUUUCCACGAACAGUACUGGUUGAACAACGAGCUAAUAGCCGUCGGAGUGAUAGACAUCUUGCCGUCGUGCGUCUCGAGUGUGUACUUCUUUUACGACCCGGCUUAUAGUCAGCUCUCUUUGGGGACUUUCAGUUCAUUGCGAGAGAUUUAUCUGACGAGGCAAUUGAACAAGGUCGCGCCCGUUCUGAGAUAUUAUUACAUGGGCUUUUACAUUCACACGUGUCCGAAGAUGCGAUACAAAGCGAGAAUGCGACCGUCGAAGCUCCUGUGUCCCGAGACGUACACGUGGUUCGACAUCGAUCCCUGCUUGGUGAAGCUGGACAACGAGAAGUACAGUCGUCUGAACGACGAUAUCGACGCCAUCGACGAGGACGGUGUAGUCGACACUCGAGAAGUGUUAGUUUUACACAAUCAGAUCGCAAUGCAGUAUAGGAUUUACAAGGCGCGUCUGGCACACCAAAUUACGCGCAAAGAAGAGCGCGAGGUGAAAGAGUACGCCACCCUCGUUGGAAUGCCGUGCGCGCGAAGGAUGCUUCUUUAUCGCAGCUGAAGCGAUUCCUGUGGCACGCGAAACUGACAAAUACGCCAUGAGCGUAUUUCGCGGACGAUUGUCGCACGGAAUAUACCGUGAUUGUGAACGUAUCUGCUUGUUUUCUCAUAUUGUGGAAGGUCCUUUGAAUUACCUCGGAGAUUAAUCGCUGACCGCAUGCUGGCUAUGCUUAUGUACAAAGAAUCGUCGAAUUCAUGACUCUUAGGAUAAGGAUAUGAAUCAGGUAUGAAUCAUAUGUUGGAGUGGUAAUCUGCGAUCGUGAUACGAUAAUCAGGGGGAUUACACAUAGUGCUUGUUAAUAAAUUAUGUGCAUCAAACGCGCACGGACGUUUUGUUUCUUGUUCAGUGUACACAAGCGUCGAGCAGUGCUCUGAAGGAUCCAAUGAAUUGUUUAGGAAUGUUAUAACUUCCUUUAUUUUCUUAUGUAACUUUCUUUUUAAGAAUUUAAUUUUUCUCAGACUUAUUUUCCCGUUUCUCUCACUCACAUUUUAACAGAAUCGAUCGUUGUAAGUAAAUGUUACUGCGCGCAAACACAACACCAAUUUACACACAGCUGGCUGUAAUCGUGCCUUAAUGUCGCGCGCCUACGCUAAUUAUUCGCUCACCCGAGUUUUAUUUGUAUUUAAACAUCCGUCUUCAAAGGUCACCGUUAAAGACCUACGAUACAAGUUUUACCGUUAACGUCGAAUUCUUUAGCGCUCGUUUGUGAAAUUGGAAAGAAUCCGUAGAAUUCGUCUUGAUACGAGUGAUAUAGCAAUUAAAAUUUGCUAUAAAUUCGCAUUAGCAUUGUCGUCUCUCGUCUAUUUUUAAAUCGCAGUCAAGUCUAUGUAUAUAGCAACAUCCCAAUAGGGGUCACACGUACAGCAUUUUUAAGUAAUCAAAUUGUAUAUUCACAUUCACGUUCAAUAUGCAUUAUUGCAAGUACAUGAAACAUUUUGCGGAGAAAAAAGGAAAUUAACUAACAACAUUGUUGGACGUCAUUAAAUAGCGAAAGUGUUUGUUACGCUAAAGUUGCCCGCAAAGCCAAUGGUUUUUAAUGUUACCUCGUUAGUGUAUAUCCACAGUAUAUAGUAUUAAGAAAAAGGAUUCAAGAUUUACAGAAAGAGCUCAUUAUUACUGAAUAAAAAGUACAUAGAUCGAAAAAAUAGAUCCUGUAAAAAAAAAUUACAAAUGUUUUUCGGUUAUAUUAUCAUGCGCGCAAGUUAUUUGUGUGUUUCCAUUAAUCUGUUACUAUUACUCAUUCAUAAUUUUCUUUGGUGAAGUUGUUGAUUUACAGGGCAUAGUUUCAGUAUACCUUUAAUUAUUUUCUUCAGUUCAAGAACAAUUUUCAUUUUUUGUACCCGUAAAUAUAGUCAUAUUUUUUCGCCUGGUAAUUAAAAAUACGUCCAUUGUAAUUCUAACUAUAUUCUAAUAGCGCUAAAAUUAAUUUAUAUAUUAAUUAUAACUUGGAACAAAUGAAAGUUUAUUACAAAGAAUUCAUUCUACUUUGGUUAGUGAUGCAUUUUGCAAAGCAGAUAUUAAAGCAGUUUCAAUUCUUAUGUUGAUACCUGUUGAUCUAACAGACAGCAACUUUUGCAGUUACAUCACUCAAUUCUAAGGUUAUAAAUCAACAAUCUCUUUGCACCACUCGUUCUAGAUACAAUGUUAAAAGUUGCCGAGAAAGAAACAGAAAAUUAUUGAUUUAAACAUAAUUUACAAUAUGUUAUAAUUAAUAUAUUAAUUAUAACAUUACUGUAGAAUAUUUGUAACUAUGAUGAUUUUUCGAUCUAUUUUUCGAUCUUUUUUAUUGAGUAUAAUGAGAAUUAUCUAAUGAAUAAAUUUGAAUUGCUUUUUUUAUUAUUCUUUUUUCUCUUUGAUCCUUUUUCCUUGAUAAUCAAUAAGUAGUCAUAUAAUAAAUGGUGAAAUGAGAUACGUGAAAUGACGAAAUGAAUAUGUUUUGUCUACAUAUUUUAUUUCACUAUUUAUCAUACGACCAUUUACGAUCAUCACGGAGAAGAAAUAGUCUCUUGCAUUUUUGCUCACCAGAGAGUCAACAGUUUAAAAAGUGUCUUUAUGAAAAUUAGCGAUCCGGGGAGGUCGCGUUGCAUAUUCGUUAGUGCACAAGAGUUUUCAACUUUUCUGUGGCCUUUCCAACUCUUGAUUGUCCGAUCUCUCAGGCUGGAUCUCAUUCCAGCUCUGAAUCUGUCCGUUACCGCCGAACAGAAAGACUACCAUGGAUGCGAUGCAUACUGCCGCACCAAUCCAAAAGACUGUCUGCCACCUGUCAAUCGGGUUCUGGCGCAAAAAACAAUGAAUUAACGUUAAUCCCUUGUUGGCACAUUUAUUGCUUGUUGCUUAAUUCGGUAUAUUAGGGAUCAUAUUAAUAGUUGCCUGAAACUUGUCUUAUGUAAGAUAUUCAGAUCUGUAUUCACAUUCAAGUCUUUUAGAGUUGAAUGUGUGACAUUUAUACCUAUAAAUGCGAUUCAACUGAAAGAUUCUCAUCAAACUCUGGAUCCAAAUCUGAGCAUCUUGAGACGAUUUUCAAGCAACUGGUAUUAAUACAAAUUUGAAUCUAUGAGAUCCACAUAGAUUUUUCUAAUCUGACCUUCACUUAAAUAUCCAUAAAUGUGCUUAUCUAGUUUUGUGUGCGAAAAGUACACUUGAGAAACUUGUUGCAAUCGUUAUCUUUAAAAUAGAUAAUCUACGGUACAAGAGAAAAUAGAGUGUAUUGAUUUUAUAUGAGAAAGAAGUAAAAAGUUUUGCGUGCUUCAAGAAUAGAAUUCUAUACUUAUAUGCGUAAUAAUUAAAAAUUUAACAACUAUAGGAUUUAAUUUCUCUUGCUCGAGUCAAUUUGACUCGUGAGAAUGCCAGAGACUAGAAUUCAAAUCGGGUCAUAUUCGUAAUAAAUUGACCGGCGGAUGUUUCGUAAGUUUUGAAAUUUGCGGAAACAAGACAAAUGCGAAUGAGACAACGAUGAUGACACAGUCGUUGGUCCCUCGAUCGUAGAAAAAAAUUAUAAUGACCAUUUCAGAUACGCAACCGCCUCGGCCAUUAUGCCUAAUGAUGAUUUUCGCUUUACAAUAAAAAACCAUGUUUAUAACGGAAUGCUGAAGGAAAUGUGUAUGUGAUAAGAUUUACGGAACGAAGGUGUAAUUUGCGUGCGAAAGAUCUAAGAGGGAGAGGAAGCGCUUUACGACGUUCGAAAUUCUUGCGUAAUGUCGCCUCCCUCUUCCUCCUCCUCGAUAAUCGCUCUUGACGAAGAGGUAAUUCGCGUUCAAGAGAUGUCGCGAUUAAGAUUAUAAAAAAAACCAAGAACAAAUUGCACAGCUGUGAUUACAAAAGUGAUUGCAUAGAAGCGGCCGCGGGAUUAUGUAACGGCGUAUUGUCAAAGCGAGCGUUGCGAAUUGUGUGUGUGCGCGCGCGCGCGGAUGAAUGUCCGACGAAAAACCGGCAGAAUUGAGAAGCCGAGAGACCAAUCUGCGAAAUCGUAGAAUAGCCUUUGCGAUCGUUGACUUUAUUUUCUUAAAUUCUUUCGCGAAAUUCAUUUGAAAUUGUCCUUGACUUCGAAAAUCGGGAAUCCGAGUCGAUAUGGAAGAAUUCAAUCUGAGCCUCGAGUUAUUAAUAUUUCUUCUUUUUUUUUCAAUAAAAUUAUUGGAAUCCUA